UCACAGAAAAAGAUAGCAACAACAUCCAGCUUGACUGAAUAUAUCUGUCAAUGGGUGGCCGGAGAGCUUCCUAAUGCUCUCGUGCGGGUGAACCCAGUCAUACCAGGACUAUGUCCUACGGCAAAUCCCUUGCACUGAGCCAGAAUUCCUUUGUUCAACCUCCGUCCGAGCAAGAUGAGGUCGAGGAUGAGAACUCGAUAAGACGCCAGAAGCGACAGGCCAAUGUCUACGAUGCCGUAGCUGGUCGUGUCAAUGCUCAUGGAUUUCUCUCGUCUGCCUCUUACACUUCGAAAUACCGAGAUACGGCGUCCUCGAGUGCCCGCGCUGUUCGUCCCGAAGAAGUUCUGUUUCGUCGGCAAAAUGCCCCGACUCGCUUCGAGGAGAACGACUUUUACUUCGCGCACGAAUCUCUUCCACCCGCUCGCCCGCUCCCCAGCUCCGAUCUGUUGGAGGCGAUUCACGCUUACUCGGCCGAUUAUUACAACCAUGCAACAAUUGAUGGGGGCCAGGAUGAUUAUCAAAGCAUGGACGAAACGGCAUUGAUUGCGAUGGGUAUACUGAUAGAGGAGAUGGCAAAGGAGUCUCUGGGUGAAACUGGAGACUUGGUUCUCGUUGAAGGAGAGGAUAUUUCAGAUGACGAGAUUCAACCGACACAGAGGACAGGAAUGCGCAUGGGUCGUAAAAGGGCCAACACGGCUCAGAGUGCUAUUAUGGCCAGCUCAGGAGAUGAUUUGGACAGUGUGGUGAAGAAGAAGAAGCGGUCUAAAAAGCGCAAGCUGACCCGCAAGGCUUCUGCUACUGACAUGGACACGGAGCCAGACGAGAGAUCGUGAAUAUCGUGUUCAUAGCACAAGCUCCUCUUGCUGGAUGGGUAUCCUAAAGGAUUUCAACCAUGAUUCCGACGACUCUUUACGAUAAACUUGAUUGAGUGGUUUCCCAAUAUAGCCUUGGAUUCUGUCGUCUACUAUUAUGU